AUGGAGUCCGCCCUCAACCCAGAGUUUCUUGACCACAAGCAGCUAGCCAACCUUAGGCUGUACAAGUAUGCUGCUGUUGAUCGAUCCUUCACCACAAAAUACGUUCUUAGGCACUACUGGGAUGUUGCCAUUCGUCUGUUUCCCAUGUGGAUGGCACCAAAUCUCAUAACUCUCACUGGGUUGAUGUUCAUGAUCAUCAAUGUCAUCCUGACUGUUAUUUACCGUCCAGCUAUGGAUGCUGGUGGUCCAAGUUGGAUAUACUUUAGUUAUGCAGCUGGUCUGUGGCUGUAUUCUACAUUCGAUAAUGUAGACGGACGACAGGCACGUAGAACAGGAACUUCUUCUCCUCUUGGAGAAUUAUUUGAUCAUGGUUGUGACGCACUCAAUUGCUCGUUUGCCGCUACUCUCCAAGCGGCUGGCUUGGGAAUGGGCCAUUCUAUGGGAACUGCCUCCAUUUAUGUAAUUGCUAUGGCUGGAUUUUAUCUUUCCACUGCUGAAGAAUAUCACACUGGAGUACUUUAUCUUGGUUAUGUGAACGCGCCCACAGAAGGAGUAAUUUUAUCAUGUGUUAUAUUUAUUUUAUCCGGUAUCUAUGGUACUUCCAUUUGGCAAACACCUUUGGGUAAUGUGUUAUCCGUUAGAUGGGCUUGGUUGGAAGAACAGUCAUUGGCUCAUGUUCUCGUGGGAUUCAUUGGCUGUAUGCUUGUGUUUACUCAUGUACCUGUCUGUUUCUAUGCCAUGUACAAGGCCUGUGUUGCCCACAAGAAGCCCUUUUUACGAACUAUGAUCGUUGAAAACCUGCCAAUUGUAUCCUACACUGCUGCCUUCCUUUUCUGGGUCACUUCUCCUUACUCUACUAUUUUUUCGGCACAGCAUUUUAUUCUGUUCGCAAUUACCACUGGUAUCGUGUUUGGUCGUAUGGCAUCCAAGAUUAUCCUUGCCCAUCUCACGAAAUCUCCAUUCCCCAACUUCACUGUACUCCUUAUUCCUUUGUACAUUGGGGCGAUCCUUGUAAAUCUUCCACGACUGUCAUUUGUCGAUCCAAUCUUGACUCCUUCAUCCGAGUACUACUUUUUGGCUGGAUACUUUGUGUUUGCUUUGGUUGCAUAUCUGCGCUGGGCUAUAAUUGUUAUUAACAGUUUUUGUUCUUACCUUGGAAUCCGUUGUCUUGUUAUUCCUAAAACCAUCAAAACUCAAUAA